AACUCACACUGGAGAAAAGCCAUUUACUUGUAAAGAAUGCAAUUUAAGUUUUAGUCAAAAUUCUAAUCUCAAAUCACACAUGAAAAAACACACAAUAGAGAAGUCUUUUUCUUGUGAAGACUGUAAUGUAAGUUUUAGUAAAAUGUCUAGUCUCAAAAAACACAUAAGAAUUCACACUGGAGGGAAUAGUUUUUCUUGUAAAGAAUGUGAUUCAAGUUUUGGGCGUGUCUCUCAUCUCUUAAGACACAUGAGAACUCACACAGGGGAGAAGCCCUUUUCUUGUAGAGAAUGUAAUAAAAGCUUUAGUGAAAUGUCUACUCUGAAAAAUCACAUCAGAACUCACACAGGAGAGAAGCCCUUUUCCUGUAAAGAAUGUGAUAAAAGUUUUAUUGAAAGGUCAAGUCUCAAAAAACACAUGAGAUCUCACACAGGAGACAGGCCCUUUUCCUGUAAAGAAUGUGAUAAAAAAUUUAGUCAUAUGUCUAGUCUCAUAUCACACACGAGAACUCACACAGGAGAAAAGCCUUUUUCUUGCAGAGAAUGUCAUGCAAGAUUUGGUCAAUUGUCAGUUCUAAAAAGACAUGGGAGAACUCACACAGGAGAGAAGCCUUUUACUUGUAAAGAAUGUAAUAAAAGAUUUAGGCGUAUCUCGCAUCUCAAGAGACACAUGAGAACUCACACAGGAGAGAAACCUUUUUCCUGUAAAGAAUGUGAUUUAAGUUUAAGUGACAUGUUUAGUCUCAAAAUACACAUGAGACUGCACACAGGAGAGAAACCUUUUACUUGUAAAGAAUGUGAUUCGAGUUUUAGGGCUAUCUCUAAUCUCAAGAAACACAUGAGAACUCACACAGGGGGGAAACAUUUUUUUUGUAAAGAAUGUGAUAAAAGUUUAAGUAGCAUGUCUAGUCUCAAAGCACACAUUAGAACUCACACAGGAGAGAAGCCUUUUUCUUGUAAAGAAUGUGACAAAAGCUUUAGUGAAAGGUCUUCUCUAAGAAAACACAUGAUAAUUCACACAGGAGAGAAACCCUUUUCUUGUAAAGAAUGUGCUAAAAGAUUUAAUCUUAUAUCUAAUCUAAAAAAACACAUGAGAACUCACACAGGAGAGAAGUCCUUUUCUUGCAAAUAGUGUAAUACAGUUUUUAAAGGGGCCACACCAUGAUUUUCGUAAGCCUUUCAGAGUGAACUAUAUCCAUAUAUAUUAUCAUAUAAUACCUUUGGAACACUAACUUGGAACACUAACUAUUUUUCACGAGUUUUUUCCUAACCGGAAGUAAAACGACUCGAUUUCUGUGGCCUACCACUGUGUGUGGCUGCUGCCCAUUUCAUGACGUCAUCCAAGAGACUGUCUUUCUUAAUUUCUCCUGCGAAAAUUCUAAAUUUAUUUAAAGAUGUUUGGUAUUAGUCUUGAAGUCUUGGUAUUAAACUGGGGUAGGUGCUGUCAGAGCAGACUCUUCCUGGAAGGAGCGGUUGGAGCUCUCUUGCAUGUUUCCACCCGCUUGUUUUUGUGGGUUUGGGAGGGACUGCUGGUUACAGCGCAGAUUUUUAGGGGAUUACUCUAAAUGCUCGAACGGAUCACAAUACAGCUUUGGGGUUCUUUAUAGAGACGAAUGAACAGUUUAAUGCACUUAAACCCUCAAAAAGUUUAAUUUUCAUGGUAUGACCCCUAAUCAAAUGUCUAGUCUCAAAAUACACAUGAGAAUCCACAAAGGAAAAAAGCCUUUUACUUUUAAAGUUAAGUUUUAGAUAUAUCUUGUUAAUCACAAGAAAGACAUGAGAACUUACACAGAGGAGAAGCAUUUUUCUUCUAAAGAAUGUGAAAAAGUUUUAGUGAAAUGACUGGUCUCAAAACAACGCAUGAAAACUCAUACAUGACUUUUUCUUGUGAAGCAGUAUAGAGAAGUCCAUCCAUCCAUCCAUCUUCUUGGCCGCUUUGUCCCUUUCGG